GUUGCCACAGGAGGGAGCUGGGCCAGGUUCGGGAAGGCACAGUCUAACGGGAGAGUUGGGCACAGCAAGCCCAGCACGGAGCUCCUAGGCUCCAGAGAACAUCUGGACCUCAGGGCACUCCACUCAGGGGAGCUCCUUGCCCUGCUUGACUUCACCCCCCACCCCCGCGGCCCUCAUUGCCACACUGCCCUUCACUCCAGGGCUCUCCUCUUCACACUGGGCUCUGCCCCAGCACCCAGCCCACACCGUGCACCUGGCUUAGUCCUCCUCCCCCUCCCUCUGUCUCAGCCUCAGGACACUGUCAGGACCUGUGCCUUCUCACCACGAUGAAUUCACUGGUUUCUUGGCAGCUGAUGCUUUUCCUCUGUGCCUCCUCCUUCAGGGAGACACUUGAAAAGAUGGCACCUGUGGAGAAUCCUAGACCGACAGGCCAGCGGCUCGGACCCCAGGCCCUCCUAGCCCCGUGGGAGCAGAGCCCGCGGUGGGCAGAGUGGAAGCCCGCCGGGGCCCGGCCCAGCCCGCGGGAGGCCUCGCUGUGCCCGCCUCCGGAGAGCCCCGCGGGGCCCCAGCGGCCAGGCCUGUGCGCCCCCCGCAGCCGCCUGAUGCCCGCCCCCCCGGGCGCGGUGCUGGUGCAGCGGGAAAGGGACCUGUCCGCCUACAACUGGAACUCCUUCGGCCUGCGCUACGGCAAGCGGCAGACUGCGCCUCCCGCAGGGCUCAGCGGGGGCGCCGGGCGCGGCUGA